AUGGCCCGAAAGCGCAAGAGCGCCGCUAGCACUGCUGACUUGUGCCCGCGGGAUCUCAACGAGAUCCCGUACAUCGCUUGGAUGAACAAGCAGCUCGCGGCCGGCCGCAAGCCCGCCGGCCCCCUGCCCGAUGGUGCGCCCGGUGCGGGAGACACCUCGUUCGAAGCCCCGCGUGACGUGCCUACCCGCGGACGCCCUCAUGCCGACCGGGUUGCAUCAUCCCGCGUCGUGGACGACGAGGCCUUCGACGACGAUCCUGAUUUCAAUGACUGCGACGAGGCGUACGACGACGACGCGGACUCUGGCGAGGAGCCGGACAAGGGCAUGUCCCCCUCCGAGGACGAAGACGACGGCGACGAGGACGCUGAAGACGACGAGGACGUUCCCGAGGAGGCACAACCCACUACCCCGCCUACCCGUCGCGGCCGUGCGUCUACUGCGGCCGGAACCAAGACUGCCGCAAAGGGCGGAGAGCCUCCUCGUGGCGCGUCGAAGACGCGCAACCUGAACCCUGUCAGGCGGAGCGUGUGGUCUACCCGCGAGAGCACCAUUUUCGUCGCAGCUCGUUGGUUCAUGAAGGACGAGCUGGGCGCUCUCCUCGGCAAGCAGGGAUCCCAGUACUGGGCCCGCCUCGUGCGUCAUCUCGAGCAGGAGAACCCCGGGUGGGUCCGCGGCGUGAACGCACUGCAGAAGCAGUGGCGCAACCUCGUUAACGUGUACAAGCAGAUCAAGAAGGGGGAGAAGGCGAGCGGCAAGGGGGCGGUGUGCAAGCCUCCAUGGUACCCGUACAUGGCGCUAUUCCAGAACAACAAGGCUGUUGGUAACCCACACGCUGUCGACGGUGGUGGCGCGGCUCACGGGACGCCUACGUCGAAGCGCCCACGGGUGGUGGAGACCGCAACGGUGGCCGCCGCCAAGCUGGUGUGUGACACAAUCAAGGGCUGCCACUCCGACGCGAUGAAUCGUAUCGAAGUCCUCGUCCGCGCAUGGAUGGAGCAGGAUGCGCGGAUUGCACGCGAACGCGUGCAGCAGCCCGCCCCCUUCCCGCCUGCCCACGACGGCAUCUCUGGGCAUGCGACGCCCGCCGCCGAAGGAGGCGACGACGGCUGGCUCCGCCGCGGGCAGGCGGCCGACAACGCCUCUAACCCUGAUGCGGGCGAGGAUGUGUGGGUUCGCGGCGCCGACGAGUGA